UAAAAUCUCUUAAUUGUAAACGAGGUUAAAUCCUAAUUGGCUUUCUCUUUCAAAAUAGUUCCUAUUCCCAAAUGGAUGCCCCUUCUCUAUCACUUCCCAAAGACUGAGCUCACCGAUGUGGGGCCCGCCGCUCUUCUCCAUUUUAUUCCGAAUUUUACUAUUCCGUUCGAGUCUCCCGUGGUUUGGAGGAGCUGGUGUUUUGGGAAGGUACGCCGCAGUACUCUUCUAAGGUGACAUCCUGUAACGUCGAAAUUCCAGGGCUUGUACAAACACAAAAUUAUGGAAGAAAACUGGGAAUCUUUGCAACCUUCAUCGUGCCCCGUGGACCUGACCUUACCCACUCCUCUCUCAUUGCAUUGUUAGCUCAGGUCCAGGCACGUCAUCAGUCUUGAAGUGGCUGUUGCUGGGACACAGUAAUGACCCUGGCGGCUGAGGGGGGCGAAGAUCAGUGAUCGUCUCGGGAGACGCACUUCGCUCGGUAGCUGUUAUAACUCUUGGCAGCGUUGUGUCCUCUUUCAGCAGCGUAUUUAAUCCUGAAUCCAAGCGACAAGUGUGAGCAGAAAAAUCUACCUAGCUACAAUGCCUACUGAUCCUUGGGUUGGAACAUGGAGACCUCAUCGCCCAAGAAUGGCGAUUGCAGCUAUGUAUAGUGGCCCAGGCCCCAAGUAUCUCCUGCCUGGACACACAGGUUAUGUUGGUCAUGAUGCAACAUCAUACAGGGCUCCUGCAUAUUCCUUGGCCCAGCGUCUUCCAGGGUUAAAGGACAGUGGCACACCUGCACCAAAAACUAUUCCAGAAAAGAUGACUCAUCAUGGCAAGGAGACUGCCCCCGCAUGGACAGUGGGUCACCGACCGAGGGACAUUGACCCAGGUAGAACACCAGGACCAGCGAAUUACAAGAUAGAACAAGCAAAUAGAUUAGUUCAUCGCUCUGGUCCAGCCUACUCUAUGGCUUUACGGACAAUCGGGUUCAAGGAAAAUGAUGGCCCAGGACCGGCACGAUACAACGAUGUGCAAGUAUUUGGACCUAAAAUCCCACAUCUGAAAGCAGCACCUGCCUACUCCAUGUCACAAAAAACGGCAUUUGGAAGCAUGCUGAGUAACGUUGUAAAAACUCCAGGACCCUGUGCAUAUAAACACGUGGAAACUGAUGUAUUCAAAAACAGAGCACCCAAAUACACCAUAGUGCAACGCAAUCUGAUUCCAGGAGACACCACUUUGAGACCUGGACCUAAUCGUUAUAGGACAGAAGAUGUGAAUGUGCAUAAAAACCAUCCCAAAUACACAUUUGGAAUCCAUCAUUCUGACUACCUUACGCCUCUUAUUGUGUCACCCACAGACUAAGAAACUAAUGCAGAGUUCUUGGCAAAAUUCCAUCAGCCUCCCUAGCUGAAAUGUCAAUUGUACAUUUAAAAAUAACAUUUCAUUUAAAUAUUUGAUUCUUAUUCAUCCUGUGUAUGUGAUGUAAAACUGAUGAGUGUUGUGGAACAUAAUCCUGGGAGUACAAAGUUCAAAGUAAAUUAUUAUCACCGUCACCGUAUACCACCCUGAGAUUCUUCUUCUUGUGGGUAUACCCUGUAAAUCCAGAAACGUAACAGAAUUAGUGAAAGACUGACACCCAACAGCAGAGACAAAUAACCAAUCUGCAAAAGAUAAACUGCUCAAAUAAAAAAAUAAAAAAUAAAUAAAUAUUCAAUAAAUAUUGACAACAUGAGAUGAAGAGUCCUUGAAUGUGAGUCCAUAGGUUGUGGGCCGAAUACAAUGAUAAAUCAGUGAAGUUGACUGAAGUUAUCCACACUGCUUCAAGAGCCUAAUGGUGGAAGGGUAAGAACUGUUCAUGAUCCUGCUGGUUUGGGUCCUGAUGAUCCUGUAUCUUCUUCCUGAUGGCAGUGGUGAGAAGAGAGCAUGGCCUGGGUAGUUGUCAUCCUUCAUGAUAGGUGUUGCUUUUCUAUGACAGCACUCUGUGUAGAUGUGCUCAAUGGCACAGAGGGCUUUAUGCAUGAUGGACUGGGUCGUAUCCAUUACUUUUUGAAGGAUUUUCCAUUCAAGGCAUUGUUUUUUUCUAUGCAAGUGCACAAUUGCUGAGAGCAGCUGUACAAGUAGGCAAGGUUCUGAAAAAAACAUUUAGCAUCCUUAGCAUUCAGUCAGGGCAUUGAGUUUAGGAGUAGGUUAUGAUGUUGUCAUUAAGUGAGACUGCACUUGGAGUAUCAAGUAUAGUUCUGGUUACUCCGUUAAAUGAAAACAUCAUCAAGAGGGUACAGAAAAAAAUGACAAGGACACUGUCUGGAGCAGAAGAACUUAGUUAUUGGAAGAGGUUGGCCAUAUUGCAUCUUUAUUUCUUGUAGCAUAGGAGAAUGAGAAGUGAUCCAAUAGACAUUUAUAAAAUCAUGAGGGCGGCAUGGAUAAGCUGGAAAGUCAUAGUCUUUCCCCAGGGUUGGGGAGUCUAAAACUAGAGAGGACACAUAUAAGGUAAGAGGGAAGAGAUUUAAAAGACAUCUGAAAGGUAACUUCUUUACAUAGACAGUACUGAGCUGCUGAAAUGAAAUGCAAAUGGAAAUAGUCAAGGUGUGUACCAUCGCUACAUUUGAGACAUAUGGAAGGGAGGGGCUUGGAGCAUUGUGGGUCGAAUGUGGGACUAGCAAAGAGGGUGCUGUGAUCAGCAUGGACUGGUUGGGCUGAAGGGCCUGUUUCUGUGCUAUAUCACUCUGAUCCUACAUAUGACUCUGUUAGUUUCAUUGUUGUGAGGGAUCAGACAAGUGGAUCUUCUGCAAUUUUAAAAAUAAAUUUGCUUUGAUCAUUGGGGACUUUACAAUAAAAGCAACUUUGAAGGAUGCAAUACAAUCUGCAGCAGGUUUAUGGUAAUCUUGCUGAUUCAGUAGUAAAGGUAGUCUCCAUUGGUGCAACUGAUUGCCUCUGUU